AAUGCCAUAUUCAUUUAAACUCUUAGUUCAUGAUGUAUAACUACAAAUUACAGAUCCAAUAUUAAUUUCAAAUCCAUCACUUUCAUUUACAAUAGCUAAUUAUCCAAAAAUUAUAGUUAACGGAAAAUCUCCUAUUAGUAAUAUAAAAGGUACUUAUGAUUAACAGAAAUCAUUUGGUCACGGCAAAUCGAUAUUAUUGCAUUUAAGUUAAGAUAAAAUGACUGACAUAUUGAGAGAAAUGCCCCUUGAGAUUUUAUUUUUGAAUGGUUAAGCAAUUGUAGCUGGUGCAAGAAUUAAUCUAGAGCAUUUUAUACCUGAUAUAGAUUCAGAAUUAAAGUUCAAAAGAGGUAAUUUUCAUUUACUUGAUCAUUUUGGAAAACCAUAUCUAUUAGCUGAUAUAUCAAUUAGCAUUCAUGAUCCUGAUAAAAUUCCUGAAAUUUUAAAAGAAGAAAAAGAAAGAUAAAACUAAAUGAUGAAAUUAAAAUAACAGCAAGAUUAUUUAUAAUAAUUAGACUAACCAAAUGAUCCUGAACCUGUUCCAGAUUAAAUUGUUUAUAAUAAAAAGAAAAAAUAAGACUCUACUCCUAAAAAUUAGAAUUCUUAUCAUUAUACCUAAUCUGAAUAAAGAAGUCCAAGAAAUAAUGAAGAUCUUUAAUUAUAAAAUUAAUAACCAAAAAAGAUAGUUCAAUAAUAACAACCUUAAUAAAAUAUUUAGUCUAUUUAACCUAAAAUAUAAUAAAGACCUGUAAGUGCUACACCCAAAUCAAAUUAUGCUCCUAAUUCUAGAUAACCAAAUAGUUUUCAUGAAUCUAAAGCAUCUCAAAAGUAGUCUAUUAAAAAACCAUUAAAGCCUGCACUUAAAGCUAAUUAAAAAACACAAAAAUCAAUUACCCCUUCAAAUCCUUAAAUAUAAUAAACAUUCAAAAAGAAUCCAAAUUCUGUUAUCAUACCAGAACCAGAUGAAAUAAAGGAUAUUCCUAUUACUGAAUGGAUUAAUUAAGUUUAUUGUCCUCCACCUAUGUUUCUAGAUAAAAAAGUAUAUGUUCACAAAGUUUAUAAUGCUCCUGAAGAAUAAGUUGAAAAAUAUGUUAAACCUGCUAAAUUCUAUUCUGUAGCUGUCCAAACUGAAUUCUAAUUACCAACUUUCAAAACUGAACAAAUCUAAUACCCUUAAGAUCUGUAGGACUUAACACCAAAAGAUAGAGUUUAAACAUAAACAGUUGUAUCAGAUAAUUAUCAAGAGGACUUCGAAAGCUUUGUUUAAUCUUAAUCUUAAUAUUCAUAAAGUCAAUAACUAAAAUAAUCUAAAACACCCAAAAAUUAACCUAAUUCUAAUAGAAGAACUAACUCUAUAUAAGAAGCUGUUGAAGAAGAUGUUAUUUCAGAUAUCUAUUCAUAAGAUUUUGAAUAAAUUAGUUAAAGUUAAACUUUUAGAAGGAGUUUAUCAAAAAAAGAUGAUAUAUCUGAUUCAUAUAUUCCAGAUUUUGAAUCUAUCAGUCAAUCCUAAUAAUUUAGAAAAAAAUGA